AUGCAGUUCUUCGCUACCGCCCUUCUUGCCGCCAGCGCCGUCUCGGCCGCCGCCAUCAAGCGUGACGUUGUCUUCAGCGUCUCUGACUUCUCGGCUGCUUGCAUUGCCCACAGCACCCAGUGCUCUUACUCCUUCGGUGUCAUCCAGCCCGGCACCAUGGAGACCACCCCGGUCACCUGCUCGGCCAUGGUCACUGCCAACAACGACGGCACCCUGCCCGACGUGACCGACGGCACCUGCGAGAACUCUUCCCGCACCUGGACCGUCACCCGCGGCGACGCUGGCCUCCUCUUCACCGUCAGCCAGCAGGUCACCCCCAGCUCUGCCCAGUCUGGCUCCUACACCAUCCCCAGCAGCGACCUCACCAAGUCCGACGCCCCCAACGCCGCCGUCGAGAGCUACACUGGCCCCACCGCUUUCGACCUCCAGUAA